AUGGUCAAGCCACUCACCUUCAAGGGCGACAAGAAGCCCAAGAAGCGCAAGCGCGAUAAGCAGCCGGGUCCGGAUGGCGGCGGCGACGACGACAAUGCGCGCGCCAAGCAGCUGCAAAAGGUCGACGGCGACCCGGACGACGAUGCGAACCAAGACGACAGCUGGGUCUCUGCCGAGGCCCCGACGGACGUUGUUGGCCCCGUCGUCAUUGUCCUGCCCACCGAUGUGCCCUCUGCCCUUGCCUGCGAUGCUGCCGGCGCCGUCUUCUCCAUGCCCCUCGAGAACAUUGUCGACGAAAACCCUGCGAGCGCGGAACCGCACGACGUCCGCCAGGUCUGGGUCGCCAAUCGCGUCGCCGGCACCGAGAGCUUCCGCUUCAAGGGCCAUCACGGAAAAUUCCUAGCCUGCGACAAGAUUGGCCACCUGUCGGCCACGUCCGAGGCCGUCUCGCCCCUCGAAUGCUUCAACGUCAUUGCCACGGCCGACACCCCCGGCACAUUUCAGCUGCAGACGCUGCGCGAAACGCUGCUCACCGUCAAGCCGCCCGACGAAGUGCGUGGCGACGCCGACACCAUUGCCUUUGGUACCACGCUGCGCAUCCGCAUGCAGGCGCGCUUCAAGCCCAAGCUGAAGGCCUCCAAGGAGGAGAAGGCCCUGGCUAAGAUUAGCCGCAGCGAGCUCGAGGCGGCGGCGGGCCGGAAACUGACCGAGGACGAGGUCAAGCUGCUCAAGCGCGCCAGGCGCGAGGGCGACUAUCACGAAAAACUGCUCGACAUCAAGGUCAAGGGCAAGCACGACAAGUUUGCCUGA